AUUUGGUAAAGUCCCUUAUACGAAGAUACUCAAUGACAUUAAAUCUGGGCAGAAGAAAGAUGAGUUUGAGUUCCUGUUUAUGCUGUACACACUUGGGAGUUUUUUAACUCCUACUUCACAAACAACUGUGAGUGACAAGCUAAUAAGAGUCAUGUGCUGUACCAUGAAGGGAUUUCACCAAUUUGAUUGGGCCACGUACAUUGUGAAGCACUUGUGGAAAGAGAUGGGAGAUUAUGUGAAAGUGUACACAAAAGCAAAGAAAGACGAAGAUGAAGAUGAAGGAAGCUGCAAUGUGGGAGGAUGCAUCUACCUCCUGUUGUUAUAUUUUGCUGAGCACUUCCCACUAUCCAAAACUGUUGAGAGAGGGUCCCUAAAUGCCAUUCAAUUCUGGACUGAUGAGAGGAUAAGGAAGCUGGAAAAGAAGGAGAGGGAAAGCAAGAGGGGUUUACUGUAUAAGGGCAAGGGGAGUAUGGAUAGAAGUGGGAAGGAUGAAGGAAAACGCAGAAGUGUGGCUCAUUUACACCCGGAGUUACAGAAGUUGCACGGACGAUUGAUGGCUCAGAUCGAAUUAAGCACUAUGAGGCUUAUAAGUGCAAUGGAAGAUGAGCUAGAUAAGGUGCAGAUAAGGAUAGAGGAAAAUAAUGUGACCACAGAUGAUGAGGACCCUAUUGACGUCCCAGAUGAUGAUAAGGGAGAUGAUGAUGCAUUUGGCGAUGAAGACUCCCAUGAUCAUGAUGGACAUGAGUCUGAUGACGAAGGUGAUGAUAGAGAUGAGUUCCACGGGGGAGAUGGUCAGGAGACGAUGAUGCAACUGGCUCGGAUAGGGGUGAUGACAUUGGUGUUGCAGCAGAAGGUGCAGACAAAGAAAUUAUGGAGUCUCCCCUGCCUUUGUCCCCCAUGGACAAGGGAUGUCAACUCCGGAGAUCGCAAAGGGAGAUGA